AUGGAUGAUCCCAGACUUAACGAGCUCCUCAAAUGGAGCAUCGAGCAAUCUGAGGCUACUAGAAACGACCCCAAUGCCCCUCCUCCCAAGACACAACUCACCCCAGAGCUUAUGGCAUCGCUUAUGGGCGGCCCGUCCGAUGCGGACCUCAUGAAAGCGUCAAUGGAAAUUAUCACUUCGGAUAACACCGAGGAGGUCUCACUCGACGAUAAGCUCAUUGCCUUCGACAACUUUGAGCAGCUAAUCGAGAACCUUGAUAAUGCCAACAACAUUGCGAACCUCAGCCUCUGGACACCACUACUCGAGCAGCUUAAGCAUGAUGAGCGCGAGAUGCGCAAAAUGGCCGCUUGGUGUGUCGGUACUGCUGUUCAGAACAACGAGAAGACCCAAGAACGUCUGCUUGCUGUUGGAGGAGUCCCCAUGCUGGUAGACCUGGCUACAAAGGAAGAUGAGCCUGUCGAUGUCCGUCGCAAGGCUGUUUAUGCCCUCAGCUCGGCAGUGCGCAACUACCAGCCUGCCAUGGAUCUUUUUUCUGAAGAGUUGACCAAGAAGGGUCACAAGACCGACAAGGUCGAUGCUACAAGUAUGGAGGCUGUGGACGAGGUCGUUAACGGACUGCGAGAGAAGAUUGGCAAAGCUUAA